AUGCCAAUAAACGACAAGGACGACGGCAUCACCAAGAUCAGAAACAGAAUUGGAGACAUGAAAGUGCUUGUAGUUCUUGACGAUGUUGAUCAUAAAGACCAGCUCGAUGCGCUGGUCGGCAGCCAGUCAGGUUGGUUCAGUAGCGAAAGCAUAACCAUUGUCACUUGUAGAGAUGAAAGCAUCUUUAAGGGACGACAGAAAGUCAUCUAUAUGGUUCCGGAAUUGGAUCCUGCCCAACUGCUUAAACGUUUCAGUCAGCAUGCAUUUAAGCAACCCGAGCCAAAAUCAGAUUGGAGAGGUGAAUUGUCGAAGAAAGUUGUGUCAAUUGCUGGUGGGAUACCUCUGUGCCUCCAAGUAUUUGGGAGCCUCUUCUCUGACAUUAAAUCCAUUGAAGGAUGGGAGUCGAAGCUGGAGCAAUUAAAACGGGAUCAAAAUGAAGAAGUCCAUGUUAGGUUAAAAAUAAGCUAUGACAGCCUUGAUACUAAAAAACAGCAGAUAUUCUUGGACAUAGCAUGUUUUCUUAUCGGUUGGGAGGAUUGGAUGCAAGUUUACCCAGGGGAAUUGGAGAGAUGGGAAGAGAGGAAACAAAAGAAAGAAUACGCAAUGCUCAUGUGGGAAGGUUCCAGACUUUACCCAACUGAUGCAAUUGAAGAGUUGCAGCGUAAAUUUCUAAUCAGCAUAAAUGAUGAGCAUGGCACAUUUGAAAUGCAUGAUCAAAUACGAGACAUGGGAAGAAAUAUUGUCCAGCAGGAGCCGGUGGCAACCAGAGGUGAACUACUCGCGGACAUUCAGCCAAUUGAAAGUGCUUAUUCUCAAGAAUUGCAAGAACCUCAAGAGCUCCCCGAUUUUAGGCUGAUUCCAAACGCAACCAAAUUUGUAUUUGAAGGGUGCACCAAGCUUGGUCGAGUCCACGAAUCGAUCGGCGAUCUCCAAAGGUUGGUGCGCUUGAACUUGGGAGACUGUCGUUCUCUAAAGAAAAUACCUGAUAGCAUCUGUCGCCUAAGUUCUUUGGAGAAGCUCGUCCUCAGCGGGUGUUGGUCACUGGGAGAACUCCCAGAAGAGAUUGGCAGGUUGACAUCUUUAAAGGUGCUCCAAUUAGGCCCAGGGGAUAUGCAAAGACUUCCGGAGUCUGUUGGCCUGUUGACAAACCUGCAGGAGUUGGAAGCCAUCCUUUGCACGGAUUUGAAGACCAUCCCAGACAUUUCAAAUUUGCAAGCCCUGAGACGUUUACGUCUGAGCGGAUGCUCACAGCUGAUGGAUGUUACUGGCCUUAGCAAACUGAGAUGCCUAGAGUCCCUGCAACUCAACGGCUGUAAUGCACUAAGGGACAUGAAUGACAUGAUGAAGGAGGCCAAAUUCGAACAUUGCAAAUAUCUCAGCAUUCCUGGACAGCAGAUUGAUUAUUCCCGCUCCAAAUCCACAGGCGGAUGGGCAUGGUUGGUGACGGAAUCUUUUGCUCUCCCCAAUGUGCCCCGCCCAGGCAGGACUGGAGUUGUUGUUGAGGGCCUCGUGCCACGGUCUUAUACAGUAACCCAGGUUAAGGCCGAGAGGCAUGAUAGUUCUACGAUAAUCUUUGAAGAGGCAGAAAGUGAUGAGGCACAGACUGAACCGGAGAGGUGA